GGACUGCGGGUUAAAUCCCCGCCCGCUUCAUUCCUGCGUUGUUUGGGGACAGUAGGAAGAUGGCGGCGGCCCCGCUGUACUGUGUCUGCCGGCAGCCCUACGAUGUGAGCCGGUUUAUGAUCGAAUGCGACAUCUGUAAGGACUGGUUUCACGGCAGCUGUGUUCACGUUGAGGAGCACCAUGCUGUGGAUAUCGACGUUUACCACUGUCCAAACUGUGACGUCAAACACGGACCCUCCCUGAUGAAAAGGCGCAACAACUGGCACAGGCAUGACUACACAGAGCCAGACGACGGAUCAAAGCCGGUGCAGGCGGGCACCUCAGUGUUUGUUAAGCAGCUGCAGCAAAGGACCUUCCCGAGUGCCGAGGAGAUCCUCAUACGGAUGAAGGGCGAGCAGGUGACCACCAGGUACUUGGAGAGACACGGCUUCAACUACCCCAUCGCCAUCACAGAGAUGGAAGGCCUGGGUCUAAAGCUGCCCCCGCCCACUUUCUCUGUAAAAGACGUGGAGCAGUAUGUGGGUGGUGACAAAGUUAUUGACGUGAUCGAUGUAGCGCGGCAGGCAGACAGCAAGAUGAAACUCAGCGAAUUUAUCAAGUAUUUCACCAAACCCCAUCGUCCCAAAGUCCUCAAUCUCAUCAGUCUGGAGUUCUCUGACACAAAGAUGUCAGAGUUGGUGGAGGUUCCUGAUGUGGCUAAGAAAAUGUCCUGGGUGGAGAACUACUGGCCUGACGACUCGUUCUUCCCAAAACCCUUCGUCCAGAAGUACUGCCUUAUGGGGGUUAAAGACAGCUACACGGACUUCCACAUAGACUUUGGAGGAACCUCAGUCUGGUAUCAUGUUUUGUGGGGUGAGAAGAUCUUCUACCUGAUCAAACCCACUCCCACCAACCUUGCACUAUAUGAGGCGUGGAGCUCCUCACCCAAUCAGAGCGAAGUGUUCUUUGGCGACAAAGUGGAUAAGUGCUACAAGUGUGUCGUUACCCAAGGAACCACCCUGCUUAUCCCGACAGGCUGGAUCCACGGGGUUCUCACCUCUCAGGAUUGCAUGGCAUUUGGAGGGAACUUCCUUCACAACCUCAACAUUGGCAUGCAGCUCAGGUGUUAUGAAAUGGAGCGGCGUCUGAAAACCCCAGACCUCUUUAAGUUUCCCUACUUUGAGGCCAUUUGUUGGUAUGUGGCCAAAAACCUGCUGGAAAUGCUAAAAGAUCUGCGUGAGGACAACUGUCCGCCACCAACCUACCUGGUAGAUGGAGUCAGGGCUUUGAUCAGCGCGCUGAGAACCUGGUUGAAAAGAGAGGUGACGGAGCCCACCAGCGAGGUACCGGAUCACAUCCGGCCCAACCAUCUCAUCAAGGAGCUGACCAAGGAAAUACGCUACCUGGAGGAGGAACCAGUGAACGGGAGCAAGAACACGAAAUCUCAGGGAAGCGGAACGCUGCCUGGAUUGAACGGCUGCCUCACCAGCCGGGCCCUGGAGAGGCUGUGCCAGGCGCGGCAGGCGAGGAGAGCCGCCAGGCGGCUUAGGGAGCAGCAGCAGCAGGCGCCAAAGAUGCCCUCCAACCUGGACAUCUUGGAGCAACACACCAUGGAGGUGCUGAAGAGGGUGGAGGUGGGACCGCUGGAACAGGAUCCAGCGUUUUUCGCCAAGGUUCUUGGAAAGUUCAACAAAGUGUCGACGGCAUCAGCAGCAGCUGCUGCAGAGUCCCUGGAAGACAACCACCUUCGCCUCAUGCUGGUCAACGGCAGAAUCAUCCGCGAUCUGAGGCGAGCGGGGAGCAGCCCUGGAAAGACGGAGGCUGAGCAGGCUGCUGCCGGCCCACCAAAGAGCUGCCCGGACGUGAAGCUGGAGAGGACGGAGGGCAGCGCCGCUGAGAAGGCUCCUCUGUGUCCAAGAAGUCUGGAGACGGUGAAGAACGAACUCAGGGAAGAGGCGUCGGGACACUCCAGCGUCUCGGACCUGGAGUCAGACAGCGACUCUCCCUCAGAAAGCAAAGCUUUGUCGUCGUCGUCGUCAUCGUCCUCCUCUUCUGACGAUGAUUCUGAGAGUUCCCAGGAGGAGGAGGAGGAGAGGAGCUCAUCUCAGCAGACAGGCUCAGGGAACGGCUUCCUGCUGGACCAGUCGGCUCAGAAACUCAGGCACAAACACAAACCACUCAAAAGAGAACGUCCUACCUCACCCAGCACAGAAGAGGCCAUUCAGGGGAUGCUGUCCAUGGCUGGGCUGCUGUGCCCCUCAAACCAAGAGGAGGCGCCGUCGCCGCAGGAGUCCUGGUGGUCCAGUUCAGAGCAGCGCUCGCUCCAGGAGGCGGCCCAGCACCGACUGCAGGGAGGCCAGAGCCACAUGGACAGCCAGGGCAACAGCAGCAGCGAGGCCUGGGACAAUCAGGGGCUCCCCAGCCCCAACGCAGAGUACCAGUACUGUGACCCGUCUAUGUCUCCGCCGCUGCACCCUUCCAAGAGGAACGCCCCCAACCCUCCUCCCAUCAGCAACCAGGCCACGAAAGGUAAAAGGCCCAAAAAAGGAAUGGCGACACCCAAACAGAGACUCGGCAAGAUCCUCAAACUCAACAGACAGAGUCGAGUUUUUGUGUAACGCCCUCCCUCACCUGAGAGAAGAAACGGAAAACAUCAUUCGGGGUUAGGAAAAAAAAAAAAAAACGGAAAAGAUAAACAUUUGUGUUUGUUUUCAGUCACCUUUCUGCUGCGGAGGAAAAAAAAAAAAAAAGAAUCGGAUGCACUGCCUGAACGAAACCCCGACACGUAUGACGCGCUCACUGUGCAUGCUGAGGAGACAGGGUAUCGGUUUAGGAAAGAGCAGGUGCAUGAUGGCAAGAAAGAAAAGCACACUAAGAACAAAAACCCAAACUGAGGCGGAGCGGGAAGCGGAGGGAGGACCUGAAAUCUACCCAACAAAGAGCAGCUGAUUAGGAGGACGUCGCAGAGCGGAAGCUGAAUCACAUUUGCUUAAACUUCCUCUCCUGCUUUAAAUUUAUCUUGCUUCCCUGUGAGGAUGAAAGGAGCAAUGGAAACCGAGCUGCACCUCCAGGAUCGGAUCUUAGCAGAAAACGUGGUGCUUUAAAAACAAAAAAACACAGAAAACAAGGCGGCUGUGAACUGAUAUUUCAAAUGGUGCUUAUUGUUUUGUAUUUUUCCUUCCCUUCCCCUCUUUUUAUCUCAAUCACACCAGCAAUAAUGACUGUGGGGUGAGAGGAGAGGCGGCCCUGAUGUCGGGCUUGCCUCUCCCCUCUGCGCCGUUUAUCACUUAGAAAGCUAACAGGAAGUUACUCGGAGCGCCGCCUCCCUAUAAUAGGAUUGAAUGAGUCUUUGGCUCUUCGAGCGACUCCACUUUAAUUUAUUUCUCAUUUUUUUCUGUUCUCUUUUUCAAUGUGUUUAAGGAUUAUGAAUGAUGUAUUUAUUAAUUGAAAGAAUUAAUGAUUUUAUUUUGAAAUUGAGUUUUUUUUAAGAGAUUGGUUUCUUUUGUUUUUUUUUGUAUCUUUAACAAACAUUUUUGUAAAUGUGGAUGUUUUAGUCUGAGUAGCAGUUUACUUCCUAACUUUGUCGUCACAGAUCUUUUCCUCCUGCAGUUGACUUGAGCCUGUGUUGAUCCCCGUCUCCUCUGGUUGUUCCCAGUCAUUUUUUUGGGCGAUGUGUGAGUAGAGACUUAGUUUAGGUAUUAUUUGUUUUUGGUUUUUUAAAAGGUCAACUCUCAUCUCCGCACCUAAGCAUUCUCAGUUAGUGCCAGCUUCCU